GAAUUUUGUUGCUAGGCAACUUGCUGACACGCUACCGAAGGACAACAUGGCAAACAUUGAAAGAACACCUAAGACAAUUUUUAUUAACAAUGUUGACCUUUUCAAUGGUUGGAAUAUAGCAGAAUACCUGUCUACCUGCCAGGUAGGAGCAACAUUGGAUGAAGAAGAUGAAGAAAUGGCUGAUGAAGAAGCAGAACGUGACAUGCAACCUACAAAAGACGACUGCUACGAAGUCUACGGAACAAUAUCAAGCAAGGAAAAUGAUAGACCGAAAUUUGUCAAGGAGAUUAUCGAAUUCAGCGCACGGGAUGAACUAUAUAAGCGCCUUAUUGAAUUUGAUAUCAUUGUGUAUGAUAUCACACAUGAUCAUGACCAGAUUGAUGAAGCUACCUGGGUUGUUUCUGAACUCCAUGCAGACCUGGAUAAGAUUGUAAAGCCAAAGAUAUUUAUUCUCAUUUCAUCAAUUCUGACUUGGGCAAAGACAAAACCAACAGAUGCUGAGGACCCAGAUAUUCCUUUUACCAAAGAUGAUUACCGUCGGAGAAGGCCACACGCAAACUUCAAGGAUCACAUCAGCGCUGAGAAAACAGUCAUAAAACUUGGCAAAGGGAGCAAGAAGAAAUUGAACACAUGCGUUCUUGCAGUUGGUGCAACAUACGGAGGCAAAGAAGACAUUUUUCAUUAUUGGUUCAAGAGUGCUUGGCACAAUGAGCCUGUGUUGAAAUGCAUUGGCAAUGGAACUAAUAUUGUGCCCACAAUACACAUAAAAGAUCUUGCUGCGGUUAUACAGAAUAUUGCUGAUGCCUCUCCUCAAGGAAAAUACAUAAUUGCCAAAGAUGAGUCUAUGAAUACUCUUGAAGAAAUUAUUAAGAGUAUCAGCAAAGCACUAACAACUGGCAAAAUACAAAAGAUUCCCCCAGAAGACUUUCUUUCAGAGAACAAACUCACUCAAGCAGAAUUCGAUACCCUUCAAGUGAACCUUCGGAUGGAAUCUAUCAUUAUAAAAGACAGCAUGAAGAUAGAAUGGAUCUGUGAGUCUGGCAUAGUUGACAACAUUUCUGAAAUGGUGAAAGAAUACAAAGAAUCUCGGAAGCUGCUGCCUUUAAGGAUUUGCAUAUUAGGACCCCCUGGUGCUGGGAAGACGACUGUGGCAGAACAGAUCUGUACUGGAUAUAAGCUACAUCACAUAAAACUGAAAGAAGUCAUCAGUGAUUACAUACAGAACUUGAUGGAUCUGGAACAGAAGUUAGCUACUGCAAAUUUUGAACAUGAUAGUGAUGUAGAAGAAGAAGAGGAAGAAAACCGCAUUGAGGAUCCAACCUCGAGGCUGUACGACAUCAACGAGAACAAAGAACAGAAUAAUCAGAGAUUGGAUGACAAUCUUUUAGUAAUGAUGGUCAAAGAUAAACUCUUGUCAAAGCGUUGCCAAAACCAAGGUUUUGUUUUAGAUGGCUUUCCCAAGACAAUAGAUCAAGCCAAAAUAUUGUACGAAGACGAAGAGGGUGAAGAGGAAGCUGAUGACGACCUCCACUACAACAGACAAAUUAUGCCAGAGUUUAUAUUCAGUCUGGAUGCCGAUGACAAUUUCCUGUCUAACCGCAUCAUGCGACUACCAGAGCAUGUGGUAGCUGGCACACAUAACACUGAGGAAGGUUUCCAGAGAAGACUCACAGAGUUCCGUGCAAACAACACCGAAGAUAACACCGUCUUGAACUUUUUUGAUGAACUUGAGUUCCAUCCAGAACGAAUAGAUAUCACACAGGACAAGUCAACAAUGAUGAAACAGACAGUUGAUAAGAUAAAGAAAAUAAUCAAAGAUCCACGGAAUUACGGUUUAAGUAAAGAAGAGCUUGAGAAGAUUAAGAGGGCUGAAGUGGAAGCACGUUUACAAAGAGAGGAGAAAGAACGAAUUGAAAAGGAGGAACGAGAAACUGCAGAAGAAACUGAGAGGAAAAGGAAUGAAGAAGAAUGGGCCAAAAAAUUGAGUGAAGUGAAACAACAAGAGUAUGAACUGUUGCAAGCCAGAUCAUUACCUUUGCGGAAUUACCUGAUGACACAUAUCAUGCCAACCCUGUCUAAUGGGUUAAUUGACUGCUGCAAAGUUAGACCUGAGGACCCCGUCGAUUAUUUGGCUGAAUACAUAUUCAAAAAUAAUCCACAGGUGGAUUAAUAGUGAUUAACGUCUUACCACCAUUGAAAAGCCAAGUUUCCGUUCUGAAAUUUUCUGCAAGAAACUUACUGGCUUUGUUUGUACACGUUUUUUCCUUCUUUUUUUACUACAUUAACAGGUAUUCACUUAUAAUCAAUAAAUAAUAUAAA